GCUACAUUUUUGGGGUCUGGAUGCGCAGUAGCAUCUGCUAACCAUAGAGCGACCGGCUGAUAUGCAGCGAUGGCUCUGGACGGCGCUGUCUCGACUAAAACUCGCAGACGCUCGCUGGGAUUUGUCUGCUGGGGACGACGAGUUCAACUUGGCAUUUUGCUUACGCUUCACUGCGGUCAGUUCGAGUCAAAUGUCUGAUUCUC